GUCUCUUUGAGAUAUCUAUUUGUAUUUGUACUCGCACUAGCAAAGGUAGAGUGCAACAGAAAUGGCGGCACCAACCUUGAAUGGUUUCCCCUCCACCAUUAUCAGAGCUGAAUUCUCCUCUCUUCACUCCAACCUCAACCAAGCACGGUUCUCACUCCGAAUCCCUAGGCUGAGGCUGAGACUCCACCGUGGUAUCUGCUUUGCCUCCAAGUCCCACACCGUCCCACCCAAAAACCGUUCCUCUUCCUCCUCCAACAGAAACAACAACAACAACAACAAGCACAAUAUCAAGCGUGCCAAUGGCGGUGGAGGCGGCGCUGUUGAUUCCAUUUCCACUUCAACUUCAACUUCAACUUCCUCUCCGCCUCCGGUUCCUACUUCACUUCCCAAACCGCCAGCUGGGUUCGUUGUAGACGACACCGGCAAGCUUCUCUCGUCUUCCAAAGACCGGCUCGCCACACUGAUUGAUCCUGUGAACCAGCUUCCAUUAGAGUGUGUCAUAAGGAGAGUGUUCACUAGUUCUAAAGGUGAUGAAUGUGUGCUGCUUUGCCCGGUUGACAUGCCUAUCCAAAUUUUACAGAGCACUGGUGUUGGAUGGUCAGAUGUCAUUGAUGAGGCACUUGAGUCUAUUCUGCCUGCUGCUGCUUAUGCACUUGCCAAGAUACGCAUGUAUCUGGUUCAUAGUGGGUACUGUUAUACAGCUCGUGGCGGUUUUUGUUACACAGAAGAGAGCAUAUUUGACUUUCAUGCAGAUGAUGAAGACAAUGGUGUGCCGACCGAAGGUGUAGAAAUUACACACUUCAGUCAUGAAGGAGCACACUACAUGAUAUAUACACCAUCUGAUCCACUUCUUUUUGUUGCUGCUAAGGAUCAGAACGGGAUGUUGCAAAUUGCUGAUGAUGAAUUGCUUCAGGAUCCUGCUGUCAUGAGCGCCAUAGAUGAAGAGACUGAAUUUAAUGCCUUGGUGGAGGAAGAAGCUGCACUCCUUGACUCCCUGUUGGGUAAUGUUGACAUGUCCUGAAGUUUUGGUUUUAGUCAUUCUCAUUUUCCUCUAGAACGAUGAGUCCUGGUCAGACCGCAGAUCAGCAAAUGCCAAAUAUUUGGGGAUAGAAGGGCUUCUUUUUGUAUAUAUGAUCAAUUGAUUCAAUUUUGUAUGUAUGCUAUGCUAUACUCUAGUCUGUAUUAGAAAGGAACAAUUAUUGUUUUAGAAUUUUGGUUAUUGAUCUAUGAGUGUGAGGAAGGAAAAGAUAAAUGUUGAGACAAAUAAUUCCAGUCAGAUUCAAACAUUGAUAACUAAGUUCCCGUAGACCGUAGUGGUUCAACA